AUGGGCGCGGAUAUUACGGAGGACACCCGCCCGCCGCCGACUUUCCAAGGCCGCCUGCAACUCGAGAGCUUCAUGUUCAAAGCAGGUUUCGCGACUGCCGGGCUACGGCGGAGCCUGCGCCUCUCGUCAGCGUCUUCAUCAUCGGCCGCGGCACUCCCGGUGCCGCCGCCACGGCGGGCCUCGCGCUCCCCGUCCAAGCGCAAAGCGGACCCUCCCGAUGAGGACGAUCUCAAAGAGGAGGACACCUCCUCGCCAUCUACCCCGGCGGCCACCAGCACCACCAGCAUCACCAGCACCAUCAGCGCCACAGCAACAGCAACAGCAACAGUAACCGUAACCAGGUCCCCUUCCCGCAACAACAGGUCCAAGCGGGCCCGGGUCCCCUCCAGCUACGCGCCGCCGUCGGCAUACGCCCACUUACCGGGCCUGCCGGACGCGCUGGCGCCGAACCUGCUGGUGCUCUUCGUCGGGCUGAACCCGGGCAUCGAGACGGCGCGGACGGGCCACGCGUACGCGCACCCGACCAACCUCUUCUGGCGGCUGCUGCACUCGUCGGGCGUGACGCCGCGGCUGUGCGCGCCCGCCGAGGACCGCCAGCUGCCGGCGCGGUACGCCCUGGGGCUGACCAACAUCGUCGCGCGCCCCAGCCGCAACGGCGCCGAGCUGAGCCGCGCCGAGAUGGACGCCGGCGUCGCCGUCCUCGAGGCCAAGAUCCGCCGCUGGCGGCCCGAGGCCGUCUGCCUCGUCGGCAAGAGCAUCUGGGAGAGCGUCUGGCGCGUCCGCCACGGCCGGCCCAUCCGGCCCGCAGAGUUCCGCUACGGCUGGCAGGACGAGCGGGAGAACAUGGGCCAAGAAGAAGAAGAAGAGGAGGAGGAGGAGGAGAAGGAAGAAGGGGUCGUGUACGACCCGGAUUGGAAAGGGGCAAGAGUGUUCGUGGCGACGAGCACCAGCGGGCUGGCAGCGACGCUGAAGCCCAAGGAGAAAGAGGAGAUAUGGAAAGAACUGGGGGACUGGGUCGUCAAGAGGAGGGCCGAGAGGGCAGCUGCUGGUGAUUCUGUC